CCGCGGAGAAAGCGCUGAAACUGAUGAUGUGCAAACGAGACGUUUCCGAUACGACCUCCGCCAAGUAGGGUCAAUACUUGGCGCUCCGUCCAUGCCAAGCCAUCUUCCCGAAGCUGAGCCCAUACUACCAGGUCACACCCUCAUCAGACCAGCGCUGGGCAUGCUCAAAUCCUCCGUCAAGUUCCCCCAUAAAGACCAAGAGAAUGGCGCUGGCGUUUUAGGGAAUUUGAACAACUUGGGCAUCAGAUAUGACGGACGAAACGAACGAAUAUUAUAUUCGGGAUUCCGUAGGACACCUGCAAAAUACAUUGUGGUAGCGCCAGUAAAAUCGAAAGCUUCGAAGCCACAAUACGUUUUAUCUUCUAUGGUACUGGAUCUGGAUAAAAACAAGAACGUAUUGGAUCAGCUCUUAAGAAAUAUAAAAAAACUAACGAAGACAAGAAGUAAACGUGACAAACGAAUUGUCAAGAUAUUUCCAAAGAACCGAUACCGUUUGCAUGGACCAAAGAAGAAAAAGACCAGCCGGUUCCGAAAACAAUAUCCCGUUAAAAAAUUUUUUGCUUAA